AGUGGUAGUAGUAGGGCGAGGACAAGCGCUCCGGAGAAGUGUAUCGUUCUAAGGGAAAGUGCUACUGAUAACAGAACCGGGUGAAGAUUCAAUGUGAAAGAUAAUUACUUGGCUUACGCGAAAAAUUGAAUAUGAUCGCUCGGGUGAGGGUUCCCAUUAUGUGGCUGGCCGUACUACUUUGUGCGGCAGCCAUUAUAGCCGGUCCAGUCUACCGACGCUCGACCGAGGACGGCUCCGCCGCAUCCUACGAGGAAGAAGUACGUCUAUCGCUAGCGGCGAUCGAGCAACGUUAUCAGCAAGCGAAAGCACACCAAACCCUGGCAGCUUGGGAAUACGGUUCAAACUUAACGGAGGCCAAUUUGGUCAAGAAAACAGCAGCCGCUUCCGAGUUCGCCCAGGUGGCAAAGACGAUCGCCCAGGAGCUGCAACAGAUCGCAAUCGAUCGGUUGGAGAGUGAAGAUUUGAAGCGUCGUGUUAAGAAGCUCGCGAAGCUCAACUAUGCCGCCCUGCCGGAGGAAAAGUUCCGCGAGCUGCUUGGUUCGAUUGCCAGCAUGGAGUCGAACUACGCGAAGGUAAAACUGUGUCCGUACGGUGAAUCAACAAAUUGCAACAUUUCGCUCGAACCGGAGCUGACGGAAAUCUUCGCCAGCAACCGGAACCCGGAGGAGUUGAAGUAUUACUGGGUGCAGUGGUACAAUAGUGCGGGGGCACCGGCGCGAGAAUCGUUCCAGAAGUACGUUGAAUUGAACAGAGAAGCUGCGCUGCUUAAUAACUUAACCUCAGGUGCUGACGCUUGGCUGAAGGAGUACGACGAUACCACUUUCGAGCAGCAGGUCGAUGAUGUUAUCAAUCAAAUAAGACCACUCUACGAGCAGCUACACGCGUACGUUCGUUACAAGCUGAGGCAAAAGUAUGGCGAUAAGGUGGUCUCCCCUACCGGUCCGAUUCCAAUGCAUUUGCUUGGCAAUCUGUGGGCCCAGACAUGGGAUCAUAUCGCUGACUUUACAACCCCAUUCCCGGAGAAAAAACUGCUUGAUGUGACUGACGAGAUGAUCCGCCAGGGAUACACUCCGCUGAAAAUGUUCCAGAUGGGAGAUGACUUUUUCGUUUCUCUCAACAUGACAAGGCUCCCACAAUCCUUUUGGGAGAAGAGCAUUUUGGAAAAGCCAACCGAUGGACGGGAUUUAGUUUGUCAUGCCAGUGCAUGGGAUUUCUUCUCGAUCGAUGACGUGCGCAUUAAACAAUGCACCCGUGUGACGAUGGAUCAGUUUUUCGUCGUUCACCACGAGUUGGGCCAUAUCCAAUAUUACCUACAGUACCAACAUCAGCCGGUCGAGUAUCGCCGUGGUGCAAACCCAGGCUUUCAUGAGGCCGUCGGGGAUGUUCUAUCACUAUCGGUGUCCACACCGAAGCACUUGAAGAAAGUAGGCCUCCUGAAGGACUACGAGGAGGACGAACAGGUCAAGAUUAACCAGUACUACCGCUCUGGAGUAACGAAGCUAGUAUUCCUACCGUUCGCCUACACGUUGGACAAAUAUCGUUGGGGAGUGUUCCGGGGCGAGAUCAAACCGAAAGAGUACAACUGUAGAUUCUGGCAGCUGCGUUCCCAAUACUCCGGCAUCGAGCCACCGGUUGUGCGCACGGAAGAGGACUUUGAUGCCCCGGCCAAGUACCACGUGUCGGCAGAUGUGGAAUAUCUUCGCUAUUUCGUGUCCUACAUCAUUCAGUUCCAGUUUCAUCGGGCUGCUUGUUCGUUGGCGGGAGAGUACGUAAAGGGAGACCCGGAGAAGACCCUGAACAACUGCGACAUUUACCAAAGCACCGCUGCUGGAAACAAAUUAAAGGAAAUGCUUGCCCUUGGAUCGUCGAAACCGUGGCCAGACGCGAUGGAAAUCCUCACCGGUGAGCGGAAAAUGAGCGCGGAUGCUUUCCUGGAAUAUUUCGAUCCAUUGUAUAAAUGGCUGCUGGCGGAGAACACACGAGUUGGAGCUCACGUUGGCUGGACCGAUUCAGAGAAAUGUGUUUCAAAAACUAUCGAUUUUAUACCAUAAAAGGUUUCUCAUUUGUUGUUAAAACGCGAAGAAAGUGCUUGUUGACUUUAAAUUGUUAUUUUAUAGACUGUUUUGCGCAUGUGCAUUUCGAUAACGUAAAAGGAUGCCAAUAAAGUUUGAAUAAUUUUAUCUAAUCGUUUA